AUGGCAAGUCUACUGCCGUUCAUCCCAACCCAGUUCCGCUGGGUGCCGUCAUAUUUGACGAGUGCCGUACUGUCGCUGCCGAUAUUCGGACCAAGGUCACGUCCUGUGGUGGAUCCAAUCUCGUUGCCCUCACUACCCCUUUUUCUCGCAGCGAAAUCCCACGCAACAAGAGAUCCAAGUAAGAUUGCGGUCAUCGACAGAACAAAGAACGGAAACUUCACCUACACUCAGCUUCUGGCAGAUGUCUCCGCGCUGAAGAAGCAGAUCGUGGACUACCUCAAUAUUGAGUCAGAUGCCGGUCUGGACGAGCAGAGAGUCGCAUUUCUAGCGCCGGCAGGGUACGAUUACGUUGUUAUACAAUGGGCAAUUUGGGCUGCAGGAGGAGUCUGCGUACCUCUGUGCACCACUCACCCGUCCAAGGAACUGUUGUACAGCAUAUCCGACUCCGACCCAUCUUUAAUUAUCCUCCAUCCUUCAUUUCAGAAGCUGCAAGUGCCUCUGCGUGAAGGAGUGACUAAAGUCCCCUUCAUGACCGUAUCUCCUUGCACCGAAUCCCAUAUCACCCCACGAAUCCCACCCUUCAGCGCAACCCCCUUGCCGCUGUCGAAGCGAGCAUUGAUAAUCUAUACGUCUGGAACCACUUCCAAACCCAAAGGCUGCAUCACUACUCACGAGAACAUCACGUUCCAAGCUCGCAGCCUUGUAGACGCAUGGAAAUACUCGCCCUCCGACCACCUCAUCCACAUCCUCCCUUUGCACCACAUCCACGGAAUAAUCAACGGUCUCACAGCCACUCUUCUCGCAGGAGGGACCGUUGAGAUGCACCCGAAGUUUGACCCCAAAGCUGUCUGGGACCGCUGGUCUGACAAGGGCUCUUCCACUCUCUUCAUGGCCGUACCAACCGUCUACAGCCGCCUGAUAGACUACUUCGACGUGAAAAUCAGGUCCACAGACGCGGAAGCAGCAGCACGUGCCGGAUCGAACGCGCUGAGGCUAGUCGUAAGCGGGUCAGCUGCCCUGCCGACUCCGAUCAAGCAGAAAUUUGCCGAGAUCACAGGCCAGACCCUCCUCGAGCGGUACGGGAUGACGGAGAUAGGCAUGGCUUUGAGCUGCGGCCUGGAGACCGACAAGCGCAUUGACGGCAGUGUCGGCUGGCCGCUGCCAGGCGUCCAAGUCCGGCUCACUGAAAAGGGAUCAGGACGCGUGGUCGAGGGCGUGGAUGAAGAAGGCAUGAUUGAGGUGAGGGGCGACAAUGUAUUCAAAGAGUACUGGCGCCUUCCGGAGGUUACUGCGAAGGAAUUUACCCAGGACGGGUGGUUCAAGACGGGAGAUGUGGCCAAGCGGGAUCAGACGGACGCGUAUUUCAUCCAGGGACGCGAGUCGGUGGAUUUGAUCAAGUCUGGAGGGUACAAGAUCUCGGCUCUUGAAGUCGAGAGGAAAAUGCUAGUCUUGGAGGACAUCUCGGAGGUGGUAGUCGUUGGUGUUGUCGACCAGGAGUGGGGUCAGAGGGUUGCGGCUAUCGUAAAACAGAAACCUGGGACUGCUCCUUUGGAAUUAAAGCAGCUGAGAACGCAGCUCAAAGAGGAGAUGGCACCUUAUAAGAUUCCCAGUGUGUUGAGGAUCGUUGAGAGUAUUGAACGGAACGCUAUGGGGAAGGUAAAUAAGAAGGACAUAGUGAAGAAGUACUUUGCAUAG